GUGAUUGGGGAUUUUGGGCUAUGUUUCCUGAGGAUUUGAUUUUUGAAAUUCUAGGUAGAGUGGGUGAAAAAGAUUUGAUUUUGCUGAAAUCUGUGUCUAAAGGUUGGAACUUUGUGAUAUCCAAAAUUUGCAUUCCUAGAAUGUCUCCUCCCUCCCCUGCUGCUCCCUUCUGGAGUUUCCUCCUUUUCAAGGACCCCCUUCCUCCCGAAGAGGGCCGUGAAGUCGGCGACCCAUUCUUGAAACUUCACUACUUGCUUAUGUACCACUACGUGUACAAACAGUUCAGGCCUCCAAGGUUUCGUUUAGACAAAACUGGUCACUUAUUUCCUUCUCUGCUUCCGGACAAGCGUGAUCAUUCCGGCAUUCGAGACUGCUGCAAUGGGAUUCUACUCUUAGCUUCCUCCUCCCAAUAUUAUGUCGCUAACCCUGUCACAAAACAGCGUAUUUCAAUCCCAAUUAACCCCCAACACCACCAUACCGACAUCAAAACUAUGCAUUCCUCAUUUGUUUUUGAUCCCUCCCUUUCCCUUGACUUUAAGAUUGUUGCCUUCACGGCAGUUAAUCUUCCAUUGGAAUUAGAUAUCUUCUGUUCCGAGAUGGGUCAAUGGCGCAGCCAUGUCCUCCCACUCGAGCCUCAUGAUCUCCAUGGCUGUGAGUGGCUUCCCCGCUCAAUUUACUUCAAUCGGGGCCUCUAUUCUCUCUCUUUGGCUAUGUUCUUAGUGUGCAUUGACAACCUCCUCCCCAGCCCUAGCGAUCUAAGAGCUUGGGCUGUUGAGCUUCCUGAUAAAGAUGUGAUCACACCUAGUGAUAAAGAUGUGAUCACACCUAGUGAGAGUGGGUGCAUAGGGGUGUCUUCAGGGUGUUUCUACUACUCCAAUCGUGACCCUGGAGGUUCGUACAUGUAUGUGUGGAUGUUGCGCUAUAAUGGGAGAGAUUCAGAAUGGGUUCUGAUGCACACCAUAAGCAUUGCUGUUGAUCUUGUUGAUAGCCCCUUAUGCCGCCUUAAACGUGUCUUGUAUUGGAAAAAUUUCGAUUGCUUUAGGCCUCGUGCCUUUAACCCCAAGGACAAUGUAUUGAUUAUUGCAGCUCCUACAGUCGUGGCCUCGUAUAACUUAAAGACCAAAUUUCUCGACCACCUUUGCAGUUUACCCAUGUUGAACUGCAACCGGAAAUCUUAUCAUUUGGAUGGAAAUUGGAUCUUUCCCUUCUCGCCAUGCCUGCUCAUACUCCCUUGUCAGAGUUUGGGAGAGAAAAUCAUUGUGCUGCAUUGAAAGUAUACAAGCGGAGAUGUUGUGGCAUAGCCCCCGCAGGUGGUUGGCGAGGAUCGAGCAUAGUAAUCAAGUUGAACGGCCGAGGUUUUGCUUCCAUCAAUUAAGCAGUUUCACGCGUCCACAGAGGGGAGACAAUGCUCUUGAAAAAAUGAGACAUUACUGUCACGUCUUCUUCCUUCCCAAUCUGCUUCUCAACUCUUUUGGUCAAGGGGCGUCAUCGUUCGUGUGUGUUCAUAAAAAAAGGUGAUGUGCAAAAAUUGAUUCCAAUCUCUGCAAAUAACAGUAGUCUUCACAAGCUUUUUCAACUAGCAAUUAUGAGGUGGAAUUGUCAAUAACUAGGACUGCUGAAUUUUCACACAUGGUAACGUUCUUGCUAAAAGUUUUCUACACGAGUCUCUAUCUGUAAUGAAGUUUUCACAUCAGGAGAUGAUGAGAGAGAGUGAGCUUUAUGGAAAACAAUGGAACUAUGUUGUAUGUAGUGCUGCACCAACAGUUUACAUCUGCUGU